UUUGUUGCUGGUGUUAACAGUUCACGGCACUGGAUUGUGGGGAGCGUGAAAUCCAAUCCUGAACACUGGGAUCUGGACUCUUGGGUGAGAUUGGAGAGCUGUUUGUCAUGUUGAAUAAUUUGCUCUGUCUAACGUCGGCAUUACCAAGGGAAUGAGGAAGCAUGGCUGAUACUCCAAAGGAAGGAAAACUGACCAGAUUUCUGGACUUCACCCAGCUGAUUGACAUGGCCUCUGAGUGCGUGGGAGGAAAGGUUUUAUUUGCGACAGAUGACUUUUUCGGCCCUGCAGAAAACCUCAUAAAGAGCAGUAGUCCGAGUUUUAAGGAACAUGAAUAUACCCAGUUUGGGAAAUGGAUGGAUGGAUGGGAGACCAGGCGGAAGCGGAUUCCAGGUCAUGACUGGUGUGUCAUCCAGCUGGGGGUACAGGGCAUUAUCCGUGGCAUCGAUGUGGACAUUUCUUACUUCUCAGGGAGCUAUGCCCCUCGCAUGUCAAUUCAAGCCGCAAACUUGAGUGAAGAAAGAGUGCCAGACAUCCCACCAAGAGGAGUCAAGACAGGCGCUGCAGCGACGCCUGAGGAGUUUGGAGUCAUUAGCGAGCUAAAAUCGGACUCCUGGGAGUACCUGGUUCCCAUGUCAGAGCUUAAGCCAGGGGACCCUGACUCCGGCCACAACUAUUUUUUGGUCAAUUCCCAGCAGAGAUGGACUCACAUAAGACUCAACAUCUUCCCAGAUGGUGGCAUCGCACGCCUCCGAGUGUACGGUACUGGACAGAGGGACUGGACGUCAUCGGGUGCCAAGGAUCCUGUAGACCUUGUGGCCAUUGCUUUUGGGGGAAUCUGUGUAGGAUUUAGUAAUGCGCACUUUGGUCAUCCAAAUAAUAUGAUAGGUGUUGGCAAGCCCAGGUCCAUGGCAGAUGGCUGGGAAACUGCGAGGAGGCUGGACAGACCCCCCGUGUUAGAAGUAAGACCAGCAACAACUCGCUGUCUUCCCAGCUGUUUCUGGAUUUUGAUCUGAUUAAAUUACCUGUACCCUAGAAGCUGAGCUAGGCUGAAGGAAACCGUUCCCAGGUCUCUGUUUGUUCCAACAGGCAAUUCUCCCGACAGCUGCAAAGUGGAUGGGUGCAUCCUGACCACACAGGAAGAGGAAGACAUGAUCAGGCAAAAGUGGGAUCUGCCUGCCCACAAGUGGAAGCCGCUGCUUCCGGUCACCAAGCUAUCUCCCAAUCAAAAUCAUCUGUUGGACAGCCUGACCCUGGAGCUCCAGGAUGUCAUCACGCAUGCCAGAAUCACCAUCACCCCAGAUGGGGGCAUAAGCCGCCUUCGGCUCAAGGGCUACCCCAGUUCCAUCUGUUUGCUGCGGCCCCUCCGGGAGAAGCCCAUGCUGAGGUUCUCUCUGGGCUUCAGGGCAAAUCUUUAAACAGCGCAUCCACGGUAGUCAUCGUCCACCCACUGUCCUCAGUGUUCCAAACACCUGGUGGUUCAAUAAAGCGAUCACCCAA